ACAAUAAUUUGUGUCUUUUUUUUUAUUUCUUACUCAGGUCAUUGCCAUAGUUAUGGAUAUGUUUACAGAUGUGGAUAUCUUCAGAGAAAUUGUAGAGGCAUCUACUAGAGGGAUUGCAGUGUACCUCCUGCUUGAUGAGUCAAACUUUGGUCACUUUCUGAAAAUGACGGAGAAACAAGGCUGCCAAGUCCAAAGGCUCAGGAACAUGAGAGUACGGACAGUAAAAGGACAAGAUUACUAUUCUAAAACAGGAGCAAAAUUCCAUGGAAAAAUGGAACAAAAAUUUCUGCUGGUUGAUUGUAAGAAAGUUAUAUAUGGUUCUUACAGCUUUAUGUGGUCUUUUGAAAAAACCAACCUCAGUAUGGUUCAAGUUAUAACAGGACAGCUGGUUGAAUCCUUUGAUGAAGAGUUCAGGACACUAUAUGCCCGUUCUUCUGUUCCUAGUUCAUUUGCCCCUGAAUUAGUGCGGGUAAACAGCCGCAGGACGCUCUGGGAUAAUGACACAUGCCAACACUCAGUGUCUUCCUUAGCUUCAGUUUCUAGCCAAAGAAACCUUUUUGGUAGACAAGACAAGAUUCACAAGUUAGAUCCUGUUUAUUUGAAAACUCGUGGACGAUUUGCAGUAAAUGAAAUAGAUAAAUUUGGCUUGAGAAAUCAAACUUUUAAUAAACAACCAUUUCAUCCAGGUUUUAAUAUGCAAAAUCCAAUCCAGCAGUAUCAACCUAGUGAAAAAAAUGAGCACUGGAAGAGACAUAGUUAUGCUGGGGAGAAGCCGGAAAGGACACCUUACCUACUGCUUAACAGAGCUAUUAAUAGAGCCAAUAAUCCAUCAAAUACUUGGAAAAUGCCAUCUGAUAGCCUUAGUAUUGUAUCUUCAUUACGAGGAGGAUAUGCAAAUAAUUACAAUACACCCCAACAAAGUUUUGCUGAUCAAUUUUCACGACCAAAGGUAAAUCUUGCAGAAAGAAAUUCAAUUGUACGGAGGUCUUUUAAUGGGACAGAUAAUCAAAUCCGCCAUCUGCAGCAAAGGAUGCCAACACUCGAACACACAACAAAAUCAUUCCUACGUAACUGGCGAAUUAAGUCAUAUUUAAAUGACCAUUCUGAUUAUCCAAUAGAGUCUAAUGGAUCAAUCUUGGGUGACAGAUACGAUGGCUAUGACACAACUGAAAAUAUUAAAGCUCAUGCUCUGUACUCCCACUCUCGCUUACGAUCGUCAUUAGUGUUCCAGCCAACUUUACCUGAACAACAGGAGGUAAGCAGCUGUGCAAGUUCUUCAAAUUCAACUAUAAUUGGGUCAGAAGGAAGUGAAACACCUAAAGGGACAUCUAAUCAUGCACCAAGUUUGGAAAAUGGAACAGAUAAUACUUCAGAAGAGCUUAGCACAAAUGCCUCACCUAAAUCAGAAGCACCCAAAAACCACAAAAUUCAAAUGGCAGAAAGCAGAAAGCCUACUGUAAAUUCGAAUGCAGUAGGGGACCCAUCUGCCUAUAUAUACACAACACUCUGUGCAGACAAGCAUGCAGAAAACAUGAAAAAUCUUCAAAAUGACAAUAUCCUUAAAAGGAGAAGCUUUCCCAUGUUUAAUUCAAAGUCUAUAUUGGACCCUCAUGCUGAUAAACACACAUCCAGUUAUGUUUACAGCACACUGACUAGGCAUAGGCUUAAGCAGCCAGUUAGUCCAAAAAUUCCAGAAGAUACACUAAAGAGCUCUAAAAGUUUGCAUAGUAUGGCCAACCAUUUACCACAGGAGGAAAAGGAUCUUAAAGGAGAGCUGAAGAGCCCAACUGCUACCAAGGCAAUCUCUAUGGCUGUUCUUGCUGAAGCUAUCAAAGAGGAGUCUGGUAAGGAUUGUACAUCAAAGAAGGAAAAUAAGAGUUCCCCAAAUUUUCUAAAGAAAGGAUCCCAAAAAUUGCGGUCACUUCUUAAUCUCACACCAGACAAGAAAGAAAUCUUGUCAAAAAACAAAAGUCCUGCCUUUUACAGAAUGUGUAGUAGUUCUGACACUUUGGUUUCUGAAGAAGAGAAUCAAAAACCAAAGGUAUCUGAAAAUAAGACAGAUUCUUCCCCAAGGAGAAAGAGAAACACAUCAAAUUCACAAGGUAGCUUGAACAGAAGUAAAGAAGAUGUCACUUCAAGCCCAUCAAAGUCUCCAAAGUCUCCAAAGUCUCCAAAGUCUCCAAAGCCUCAAAAACCUCCAUCUGAUGAAAGCAAUAAAAAGUGUCCUGUCUUGUGUCCUCUUGAAACUAAGUUCAUAGAAACUGCAGGAGAUGCAUCUACCCCAAGAUUUAAUACGGAACAGAUUCAGUAUCAAGAUGUAAAGGAAAUUACCACAAAUGCUGCUCCUGAGAGUGCCCCUGUUUGUGCUCUACAAAGAGCAACUUCAGUGACACCGCAACUGGCAAGCUCAAAACAUCAAGAGGAUCUCAGAUCUCGUUCAAGUGAAAGACGUGUUUAUAGUCGCUUUGAGCCAUUCUAUAAGAUGGAAAAUGCUAGUCAACUUGCAGGAAAUACACUAAAUAGCAGUUCACAUCUCUCAGAUAUGAAAAGCAAGACCUUAGGGAAUAACUAUGGCAGAAGUAAUCACCUGGUCAGCUACAACUCAACUGCUUAUCAUCCAUUUCAGCCUAAUGAAAAUAAACUGAGAGGAUUCAUGCAGAAAUUUGGGAACUUUCUACACAAAAACAAGUAAAACUUCUGCUACUGUUGUUGAUAUACGGCAAGAAUAGCAAAGCUGUACAUUCCUAACUGGACAAGGCCGAUGAACUUUUUUGUAGUUUUCUAGUUUUGUAGAACUUAUUUAGGUUUCUUCAGAAUCGAGGACAAUUGAAUGAAUGUACAUAUUUUUACAUAAUUACCCUAGGAUUAUUAUACUUCAAUCAUUACUGAAAUUCUGUGUCCAGAAAACAUCUCAAGGGAGUUGUUUAUAGUGUUUAUAUUGUAAGAUUACUUUUAUACGUUUUCUUUGUGAAGAAAGUGUGUGUUAGCAUCUUGUAAGAUUGCCUGUGGGGGAAAAGAAAUAUGGAGAGUGUUUUUAAACUUCAAAUAAUACCAUUUCCAAAGAUAUUCCCUUUAAAAAUAGGAUAGCACUAGGAAUAGUGGCUUGCAUCUUUUCAGCAUUUAUGUACAUUUUCAAAUGAUAAACACAGAUGUUAAUGCAUUGCACGUUACUUAUCCUUAAACUCAUUUUUAAACCCUCUUAUAGAUUUCAUCUUGGUAAUAAUUUACCCCCUAGCAUCGUAUUGAGCUGUUUAGGCAGCAGAUGGAUCUUCAUUGAAUUUUCCGUUUAAUAUGAUGUUUUCUGAACUAUUUGGCACACAUCUUAAAGUGACCUUAAUCCAAGCUUUUACAGACUUGUUUACAUGGCUAAAGUAAUGUGAAUGUAGGAUGAAUGUUGAAAAAAAGAAAGUAACAAAAAAAGACCCCCAACAGUUUAUAAACAGGGUGCCUUCAAAAGAACUUACAACUGGUUUAAAUUUCAGUGAAUUAAGUACUUUUGUAUAACAUGCCAGUAUUCUGUAAUGUAUUCUAAAAAUAAUUUUUUUGUUAGAUUUUUCUGUUGUUUCCAUGAAAAAAAAGUGGAUUUCCAUUUCUCAGGUAAGUCUUAGAGUUUCAUAUGCAACAGUCUGUGUAAAGUGUUGCCAGAUUAUGUACAACUCUGCCUUUAAUAACCUAUUUUUUUGAUAGUAAGGUUGCAAGUGCUUAGACCAGGCAUGUGAAGGAGGUUGUAAACUCGACACUGCAAUACUUGAAUAUUCCAUGCCCUGUUGCUUUAUGUCAGGAAGAUUGUCAGAAGGCCAGGAACAAUUAGAUAUCUAAAAAUGAGACUGAUGAAAGCUACCACAUCAAGCAAUAUGACGCCUCUCCUAAAGUAUCAAUGAAGGGUGAUAGCAACAACUGUUUAACAUUAGUGAACGUAUUCAGGCACCUAGUUGCAAUCUCAGGGGAUGUAUCUGUGUGUUCAUUCAGACUCUCAGUCUCUCAGUCAUAAGAACUUUCUUGAUAUUAAAUGCCUAUAGCAGAUCAGUGCAUACAGAAAAACACAGGGACAUGGCAUCUGCUUCUUACCUGCGGCUCAUAGUCAAAGCAUCCACCUGGCUCAUGGCCCUCCUUGGUGGCGGUCUUUCUUUUAGGAGAGCGCCUGCAACCAUUUAGCUGCAAGAUGCUCUGGGACAAUCUUGUUUCAUUUGAAUUCUGUAAAGCUCUUCCACCACACUUUACAUAAUUACAUAUUAAGAGGGCUGAAGACAAUAAAGUGGACAUUUCUCUGAUUAUGGCAGUCAGCAUUUUGGAAAGGCAUAUUCACAUCCUUGCCUUGCUAGCACACCUGCCUCUUCUCAGUAUAUGUCUUAGGCAUGUUUUGAGAACAGCAACUGAGAACUAAGUUCUAGUGGGAUCAUGAAAAAUACUUUUUUAGGAAAAAAAUAUACCUGCAGCAGGCACUGGGCAACUCAGCAUUUUUGGGGAUUUAGGCAAUAUUGUAAAUUUUCAGCAACAGAAAUUUGGGUAACUUCAUUGCUGAAAGCUUAUGUACCUUAUACAGGGUUUUCAUGUUUCAGGAGCAUGUUUUGGGAGACCGUUUCGCUUUUAGAUCUGAAAGGUCCUACAGCAUUCCAUGCCGGAAUCCCAUUGCGGAGGUUGUGGUUUGUCCUUUAAAAACAUUAAAAAGGCAUUUCAUGCCCCAGCUCAAUUGAGUUCAUUUGUCUGUGCUACCUGUGAUGCUGAGAGGAGAUUUUACAUGGAAAUCUCAUCACUAAGAAUUUCAUUUGAAUUUCAUCAAACUGUUUCUCAGGCAAACUUACUAGGUUGAUGCAUUAUAAUAAUUACUGUUUCACUGUGGGGAUGGUAUUUAUUUUUAAGGGCCUUGUGUCUCAAUCCUCUGCUGAAAGUUUCAGUCACCCCUUUACCUAUGAUUUACUUGGGAUGGAAAAGACUAUGAAUUUCUGAAUGGACACCGGCCACUUGAUCACUCCAUGCUAAAAUGCCCUAGUACAUAUCUUUCCCAAAUGAGCAUUCAUAGCGUCCUGUCAGAAGCAGCAAUUUCAGGCCCAGAUCCCGAGGCAAGAUGUACCUCCUUAGUAUUAUGUGCAUAUUUUCAACAUAGGCACAACAUAAUUCCCCAAGUAGUUUUGAAGUGGCAAUUCUUUGCAUUUUGUAGUAGAAUGUGGGAAACAUAUUUUGAUACACUUAGGAGUCUUUUUCUGUAUUUUCCAGAGUGGAUUGUUUAUAAGAGAGUCCUGAGAAAGCAAGUAUUUUAAUUUACCAAGUCACCUAUAUAUAAUUCCAUUUUGUAUUUAUACACAGCAGAUUAAGUGUCUUCAGUGAAGAGCCUGCUCAUAUGCUUAAUAAUGCAAAAAAAAUAAUCACAGUAAAAUUUUCUUUUUCAUUUCCAUGUAUCUCCUCAGAGACUAUGCAUUGAGGCCUGAUCCAAGAUUAACUGAACUGAAUGAAAAUGAUCACCACUGGCUUCAGUGAAAGUUGGAUCAGACACAUAAUGUAGUGAUGCCACUAUUUUAGAGGUGUGACAAAAUGCUGCUUGGAAAGCAUGCAGCCCUGGCACUGUGGGAGCAGCAGCUUGAUGCCCUGCCUGCAGCUUUAGAGAUGAGGGAGCCCUUGGUAGAGCUCCAAGGCAAGUGAUGCAAGGACCAGCUGCCUUGUUGUUCCCACUGGAAUUGUGUGUUAUAGGUGGGGAAGCAGUGCUCAGCUGUUUGUGUCUGAUUUGCCUCCUGUCUGUGGAGGAUCCCACCUGUUCCACAAAAUAGAUAAGUGUGGAAGAAAAUACAUAAGCUCUUUGCAUCAGCAAAAUCUGUGUCUUUUUGGAAGGAGGAAUAGAGCUUAUAUAUUUAAACUUCCUUUUCCCCAAGCUUGUCUUGAUCUUUCUGCUCUUCCAAAGGAGAUGCACUUUGUUCAAUGUGUCCUGAAUGUGCUUUACACAUUGCAGGUUUGUUACACCCUGCACACACCCAGUGUACUCCCAGUUUUGUAAGGCUCUGAAGUAAUAGGUAUUGCCACGCAUGAUGGUCAUGUGGCCAAAUGGCUUGGGAGUUGUGAAACACACAAAAAAAUGAUGUGUCAUUUUCACAUUAGAUAAAACUCUGUUAGAUCCAGAUGAUCAGAGUUACACAAUACUGAAUGUGGCCCUCAGGAGCUCCGUGGGCAGCUCAUACAGGAAAUACAGACCCCUCAUACAGCACACGUUCAAUUCGUGUUGUAAAUAAACCACCUCAGCAUAUGAUCGUAACACCCAGUGAAUUAAUUGCUUCAUUUCUUCAGCCUUGUAGUAAACAGUUUUUACUGCCUCUCAGAUUGCAAAACGUUGGUUAUUUUACUAAUGAGCUUGCACAGCACUCUAUUCGUGCUAAUGAAUAUGAACUUUGUGUAAAUAAAAAUUAAGACAAAUUGAAUUUCCUGCUGUCUAAUUCACAAGGAUAAUAUUUUUUGUUAGAAGCCUUGACAGAAAGAAAGCUUAUCAUAAGCUUGUCAGGUUGGUUUCAUUACUGACAGCAAUUGAUUGUGCUGUUCUCAUUUAAAAUUGAUACUUGAUUUGUAAAUCCUUUUUUUCAGAUGGAAUUCCCAGAUUACACAGCAACUGAGUUAUGGAUAUACUGUGUAUGUACAUAUACAAACCAAAAAUGUCUUGAAAUAAUUUAUUAUUGAUAGAUACAAGAGCAAUAUCAUUCAGAAAAAAAAAAAAAAACAACUGUGUUUGAUCUAUUUUUUUUGGCUUUCUGAAAAAUAAAAGGGAAUGUUGUGGUUUAUAGAAGAAGUCAUAAGAAAAAUAAUCCCAAGAUCUGUGCCAAGAUAGUGUAAAAAUAAAAUUUAAAAUGGCUCCACUAUGCUGUACAAGAAAUAUCUUUUCUUCAUUUGUCGCACUUUUUUCCUUGCUCUUUCCUGACAUAAACUGUACAACCACAAGUGAAUGUACAACAGUGUGAUGAACAGAAAUCAGUAAGAACUUGUUCCCCAGAUCAAUAUUGUACUGCACAGUACAAUAUUUGUGGUCUGCUGUUGUUUUUUAAAAAACUUUAUUUUGAUUUAAGCUGUAGAAUUAGAACAACAUAAAUCUGCAGUAGUUCAUUGGUAAAUAAAAUCUGUUUCUCUAGCUUUGUGUUAAGUUGCAUGAAUACAUUCUCCAUCAGCACCCCAGUGAUGAGAAAAGUCUGCGCUGCUCACAUGCCAUCUUGCCAUUUCAUUUCAUACAGGUGCUUACAGAUGUCUCUGUGCCUUUCUGUAGACUAUGACAUUUUUGUUUCCAACCCUUGACGAAGAGUUUCAGUUAGGUCUCCUUUGUUUUACAUUUGAAUAUGGUGCCAAAGGAAUGUUGCAUGUUCUGGCAACAGCUUUGAGAAACGGGAUGGAAGAAACCACAUGCUUUUGACAGUGCAGAAUAGAGCUACAUUGCUCUUAGGCAAAGAUAGUGGUUUGGAUUUCUGCUUUAAUGACGUUGAGUUGUUAAGUUUUGCUUAACUCACUUCUGCCUUCUAGCAAUCUCCUCCAGGUCAGUAUUUUCAUAUAUUGCAACGCUAAAGCAAAAUAAGUCCUGUUUUUGAAAAUCAGGAUUUUGGGUCCUAUACUUCCAAAUCAAGUUUGGAAAAUCUUGAAAAUAUCUUUUUCUGGAAGAUCUCUGAACAUCUCUCCAGAAGAAACUGAUGGAUUCUGUGAAGACUAUGCACCUUUCUCCCAUCACAUGUGUUAGGCUAACUAAAAAUUUCAUGGACAAGCACGAAAGAUUUCUGUGGAGAAAAUAAGCAUUUCUGAUAAGAGGCUCAUCGUUCAUGUUUAUUUUGAUACUGUUGAUUAUGUACAUAAAUAUAGCUGAGAAAAACCUA